AUGGCAAUAAAUCAACCAGAGCAGUUAAUUACUCAUAAAGUGACUACGAUUGUUUCGUUGGUAUUAUCAAUCUACGGUAAUUUGCGUUAUUUAGUUGGUAGAUCUCCUUUUGAUUCAGACAGUCCAUUCAAUGUUAGCAACACACCUUUUUCAUCAAACAUAUUAGUUACAUUGAUAUACUGGGGUAUAUUAUACUUACUUCAAAUCAUUUUUGUUAGUCAGAUUUUUAUUCCUGCCCAAGAACUGGCUAGAGCAAGAGUUGAGUAUUCACAAUUAGUCGGAUGGCACUUCACUAUUUUCAACUUUGCACAAUUUAUUUGGUCAAUGUUGUUUGCUAGAAGACAUUUCAUUUUGAGUGAAAUCGUAUUAUUGAUCAACUUCUUCAAUAUUUUAUCACUCUACUACAGUCACAAAACUUACAGUAUCAAACCUUUGAGCAAUUGGAUAUUAAUUCACUUGCCAACCACCGCCUUACCAUUAUCAUGGUUAUUCUAUGCUAUUUUCUGGAACGGUGCUGUUAUGUUCCAUAUUCACAAGUUUGUGGGUAGAGUUGUCUGUAAUGUUUUGAUCUGGGAUUUCUUAAUUGUUCCAGCAAUGUUCAUACUCUUCUACAAUGAUUACGGCGUUGGACUCAGUUCUUCAGUUUUGAUGUUUGGUUUGGGGUUAGGUCAAUUGCUUACAAAGGCCUUCGCUUUACAAUGGAUCUUUGCAUUUGUUAUUGCAUCUAUUUUAUUGGUACUCAGUUUGACCGCAGCAGUUGCCGGAUCGUACUAUGUUAAGCAAGAUACUAGGAUCACGGACUCUGAAGCUGCACCUUUAUUAUCUAAUUAG